GAGUUCUAUUUCGACGCAUGCGCACUCCAUCCCACUUCCGGUUUCUCGUCCUUCCAGAAAGCAUGUUUACAAGUCCCAUACAGCGAAGACUGAUCCACCUGACGUGGCGUCAUCCGAAGAAGAAAAGUCCCGCGGAAAAAAGGUGGCUCGUCCGCCAGUCGAACGACCCCUACGUCAAAGCUUCGCACGCCGGGAACUUUCGCUGCCGGAGCGCCUUCAAAUUGCUGGAGAUCGACGACAAGUUCCGGCUCCUUCAGCCGGGAUGCAGCGUGGUGGACUGCGGUGCUGCGCCCGGAGCCUGGAGCCAGGUGGCGGUUCAUAGGGUCAACGCGGCAGGGACAGAUUCAAAGUUACCCUGUGGUACGGUCCUCGGCAUUGACCUCCAAAACAUGCACGCUCUGGAUGGCGCCCACUUCCUGUCCAGCCACGACGUCACCGACCCCGCCACGCACGCCAAGCUCUCCCGCCUGCUCCCCGGGGGCCAGGCUCAUCUCCUCCUCAGUGACAUGGCCCCCAACGCCAGCGGCUUCCGGGACCUGGACCACGAGAGAGUCGUCACGCUGUGCUUUUCUCUCCUGGACUUGGCCGAGAAGAUCCUGCGGCCUGGAGGUUCUCUCCUGUGCAAGUACUGGGACGGGUCCCUGGCCGGUGGACUCCAGGAUAAACUCUCGCUUGCGUUUGGUAGCGUACAGAGUUUAAAGCCAAAUGCAAGCCGGAAGGACUCUGCGGAGAGGUAUUUCCUCGCCAGGAAGUACAGUAAAGUUAAGGGAUAGAGGAUUUUAAUACCACUGCCAGUUUGUUUCCACCACUGUUUGAAAAUAAAAACUCAGGACAGGAGGUUAAAGAUGCCUUUUCUGAUUAAAUUAGUGGGUGUUUUCUCCCAGUCAGGGUUGAUACAGUAGUUCACAGGUGUCACACUCCAUAAACCCCUGAAAUAAUAUGAGUCAAUAAAGCAUUUUAUUAUUU